CAUAAAUAAUGGUAGCAAUAUCCAACGGCUCCACUGAGGCGAAGCGCCACCCAAUCCAUUUCGUGAAAUCGGGCCCACUUAACGGCUUUCCAAGAACAGGCCGUCGGCAGCCACCGGAUUUUCGCGCCGCCUACUUUCACAUUCCAGCGCCCAUAAUUCACCAUUCCUUCGACUGUUUCACUUUAUUGACUUUUCCUAUUUAUUUUUUUUCUCUAAUUUUAUUUUCGGUGGAGCACCUGUUCGUUUCUUCAAUUCCGUACCAAAAGGUUAGUAAUAGUAAUUAACAACAGAUCACGCUUCUUCCCUUAUAAUUUUGGCAUAGAUGCACGCGAGAAAUAAGGUAUCGGAUUUGUUUUCGAAAUGAUUUUGUGCGGGAUCGAGGUUUCUUGAUGUUUAAGGCUGGGAUUGGGCUUUUGAGUUCUUGAUUAGUAAAGCUGAUUUUUUUAUUUUAUUUUUUAAUACGUGUGAGCUUCCAAGAACAGAUUUUUCAUUGAUUUUUGGCUUGUGGUGGUUGGGUGUUUAUGGUUAUAGCUGUGAUGAAUUGGAUCUUUGAAUUUUUGAUGAACUGUGAGAAGUUACAAAAGUAGAAAUUCAAAUUAAAGUUAGGUUUACUUGAUUACGUAUGCCAAGACUAUUUGCAAGAUAGUGGAAAAGAUCAAAGCUUGGGCAGAAUUUAAUGCAAUUGGGAAGAUGAUGGAUCAUCAAGGAUUUUCUUCGGAUAAUAUAUGAGAGUAGAGUAUGACUAUGUAUGAGCAGGAUCGUGAUAUGAGGUGGGAUGGUUUUCACCUUAUAGAUGUUUGCUCUCUUUCAAAUGGUUAUCCAGAAACCGUCACAUGUUACGCAAAGGAUUUGUCUUGGACCGAGUCUGUGACGGAAGGUUUUUGUAAUCCAGAACCCUCUUUUGAGGAAAAUAAUACACACGCGCCUCAGGAGGACUUCUCAAGGUUUCCUGCUGCAUAUCCAUCAGAAUUUUCGUCUACUGCAGAUCACCAUCAUGGAGAGUCUAGUGCUGCUCUCGAUUGGCCUGGUAAUUCAGAAUGGCACUCGAGCUCUGGGCUUCAGGCCGGAGAGUUAUCACAUGAGAACAUUAAUCAAGAUUGCGUGCCUGAGAUAGAAGAUGAACCAGCGCUUUAUGAUGAAAUGGGCAAAAGGCUGAAUCAGAUGGUUCCAGUUCCUCAUGUUCCUAAAAUCAAUGGAGAAAUUCCAUCCGCUGAUGAAGUUUCAUCGGAUCAUGAAAGACUUCUGAAUAGGUUGCAGUUAUAUGACCUAGUCGAACUCAAAAUUCUGGGAGAUGGUAACUGUCAGUUCCGUUCGCUGUCAGAUCAAAUAUACCGAACACCAGAGCAUCACAACUUUGUGAGAGAACAAAUUGUCAAUCAGCUGAAGUCGCAACCGGAGAUGUAUGCCAAUUAUGUCCCCAUGGCUUACGGUGACUACUUGAAGAAAAUGAGCAAAAGUGGGGAAUGGGGAGAUCAUGUCACACUGCAGGCUGCUGCUGAUUGCUAUGGCGUCAGGAUCAUUGUCCUUACUUCGUUCAAGGAUACGUGCUACAUUGAGAUUCUUCCACAAUUUGAGAAAUCAAACAGGAUUAUCUUGCUGAGCUUUUGGGCCGAAGUGCACUACAAUUCGAUUUAUCCUUGUGGAGGUAAAGACUGUCGAAGAAAUUCUUCACGAACGUCGUUUUUGUGUCUUUUCUUAUACAUUAUUGUGUAUGUAGAGUCGCCCGUUGAAGGUGGUAAGAAGAAGAAGAGGUCGUGGUGGACGUGAACUGAGAGCGUCGUUGCAUCGGAUGUCGAGUUUCGGAGCAUGGAGGGAUCAUAGCUGGUCCAUUGUUGUACAUGGAUGGAAGAUGGUAUCUUUACUAAUUACACGGUAUUGUGUUGGUCUCCCGUUGUAUAUAUGUAUAACAAUUUUGAUGCCACUAGAAAUGCAAUUGGAGGAGUAGGGAACACAUAAUUGUAGUUUAAUUUGUAUGAUCACCAAUGUAAUAAUAUAUAUUCACCUUUUCAUUUUA